AUGACCAUAGAUCCUGAGAAAUGCAUGCAGUUAGAUUGGCAGAGACGUUACAAGAUCAUUGAAGGGAUUGCUCGAGGACUACUUUAUCUUCACGAAGAUUCCCGCCUUCGAAUUAUUCAUAGGGAUCUUAAAACAAGCAAUAUCUUGUUAGAUGGGGAAAUGAAUCCCAAGAUCUCAGACUUUGGGAUGGCAAGAAUUUUUGGCCUGGGCCAAACUGAAGAAAAUACAAACAGAAUAGUUGGGACUUAUGGUUACAUGUCUCCGGAGUAUGCAAUGCGUGGGCAGUUCUCAGUGAAAUCAGACGUUUUCAGCUUUGGUGUAUCCAUUUUGGAGAUUGUAAGUGGAAAGAAGAACAGUAGUUUCUAUCACCCAGACGACAUCGAGGACCUUAGAAGCUAUGCAUGGAAACAUUGGAAUGCAGGAACAGCCUUAGAGUUGAUUGAUCCAAUCUUGAGAGAAAAUUGUUCAACAAGUGAAGUGAUGAGAUGCAUUCAUAUUGGGUUAUUGUGUGUUCAACAAAAUGUAGCUGACAGACCCACUAUGGCCAACAUAGUCCUUUUGUUGAGCAGCUACUUAGUUACUCCUCCAUCACCCUCACAACCAGCCUUUUUUGUGCGGAACAGAAUGGAAGCAGAGAUGCAUAUAGAAGGGGAAAAUAUGCAGGAAGCCGAAUUAGGUCAAUCUGCCAAUGAAGUGUCAAUCACUGAGUUAGGGCUCCGACAAGACAAGUGGACCAGUAUUAGUCAUCAAGUGAGGUUUGGUCUGUGCAAUAUUUAA